GCUUAGGUCGUUUGAUUGACUAUGGCAUCGUCGUCGCGUUGCCCUCUGCUGGAUUGCGGCAGCAGAGCGUGGCCGCGGGCAACCUGUAGCCCGGAACGGCAAGCGCAUGGCUCAGCAAGGACGUUGGUUUAUGCCAGGAAGAAAUCGGGAUUUGCAGAGCUGCUGCUCCAGAAAAGGCAAGGCGAACAGCCGCAUGGCAAGCACUUGAAGUUGAAGCCUGGAAGAGUGUCCCCUCCGCUCAGCGUUCCGGCAGACAUCCCCAGGCCACCGUAUGUUGGUUCAGCCGCAGCGCCUGCUUUCAGCAUGGAGCCGCAAGUCCACGACGAGAGUGGUGUGGCGAGAAUGCGAGCCGCAGGGGAGCUAGCUGCCCGAGUUCGCGACUUUGCUGGUAGCCUCAUCAAGCCAGGUGUAACGACGGACGAGAUCGACAAGGCAGUGCACAAGAUGAUUGUUGAAGCGGGUGCAUAUCCAUCGCCUCUCGGAUACGGUGGGUUUCCGAAGAGCGUGUGCACGUCCGUGAACGAAUGCAUCUGCCACGGUAUACCCGAUUCUCGUCCGCUUCAGGACGGCGACAUUGUAAACAUCGACGUGACUGUCUAUCUGAAUGUAUGUAAGCCACAGAGGUGCCAAUCUCACACGGUUUUGUUUCAGGGAUAUCACGGGGACACAUCCGCAACUUUCCUUUGCGGCACCGUCAGUGACGAGGCCAAGCGGCUGGUAGAGGUGACUCGCGAGGCCCUGGACAAGGCAAUCGCAGUUUGUGGCCCAGGCGUGGAAUUCAAAAAGAUCGGGAGGACCAUCCAUGAUGUUGCUGAUAAGUUCAAGUACGGGGUGGUGAAGCGAUUUGUUGGGCAUGGAAUCGGCACCAUAUUCCAUUGUGCUCCCUCCAUCCUGCAUUUCCGAAAUAAUGAACCUGGUCGCAUGCAGAUUGGUCAAACGUUCACGAUUGAGCCAAUGCUGACAAUGGGGAAGCCGGACGACCUGAUCUGGCCGGACAACUGGACCGCGGUGACGGUCGACGGCAGCCUUUCUGCGCAGUUCGAGCACACCCUGCUCGUCACAGGCGACGGUGUCCAGGUAUUGACGCGAGCACCAUAAGUUACCAGUUCCAUGUCGGGGCGAGAUAGAUAAAUACACAAGAUUACACGAUUCGUAGCUA